AAUCAUCAAAUUUCCGAUGUGAUUUUUUCUGGUCGAUGAUGGUGGCCAUUUGAUAUUUAUCAAAUUUUGAAUGUUAUUUCGUUUUUUUUCAUAUUGUUGUUGUUAAUAAUUUGUUUGUUUUUUAAUCGUCGGUCACUUGAUAUUUUCGCCUAAAUAAACGUUUCGGUCAUUUCAACAAUAUCAGCAAAUUACAAUCAGUGUUUUUUUCUUUUCUUUUUUUUCCUAGUCACCAUUAUUGUUGACUUGUGAUAAUGUGAAUACGGAUAUCUCACUUACAUCAUCAUCACCAUCAUAAUCGUUGUUGACGCCCAUCAUAAUAAUGAUGUUGAUGGCCGAUGAAAUCUGAUAUUAUAACACACAUACAAUUCACAUACGCCACCCACAUAAUCAUAUAUUCUCUCAGCAAUCCAAUCAGUAGCAUGGAUACGAAAUAACUUUGAUUGAACUAUAUAUAAUAAUCGAAUGGAAUUUUGAUUGAACACGAUAGAUUGGGAAAAGUGAUUCAACUUUCAAUAAAUUUUUGUGUUGCGCAUUUUAAUCCUGCAAAAUAAAAACAGCACCGAAUUUAGCCAUUUAAAUUGAUCAUUUCAACGAAUUGAUCAACAGAUUCAGAGCAUAUAAUAAUUAAAAAUUACGAAAAUAUACCUAAAUAUCAAUCAUGUCGCAUAUUCAUAGAUUAGCAUCAUCAACAAUAAAUACGAUACAAACAUUUGUAAAUAAUAAUCAUCCACAUGCUAAUCAUCAUUUAUCACAACAUCAUCAUUAUGAUGAUGUCGGUAUAACCGGUGUUAGCGGUCACCAUCAUCAUCAUCAUCAUCCAAAUAUUCAUCAUCAUCAAACUCAUCCACACAUCAGCAAUGUUGAUCCAAAUAUUUCGGCUACCGAAUUUCAAUCAAAUCAAUGGAUGUAUACAUUAAUGGAUUCAUCACGUGUAUCAACAUUUUUAAUACCAAUGUUAUUGAUUGUUUAUGGUAGUUUUCGAUCAUUAAAUAUGGAACAGGAAGCUAAACAAAAAGAAAAGGAGAAAGAAAAAGAUGGUUUAUUACCAUCAUCAUCGUCAUCGGGUGAUAAUAACAAUGUUCAAACAUUGGAUACAAUGCAAGCAUUAUGUCUUCCAUUGGGAGCAUCCAUUUCAUUAUUAGUGAUGUUUUUCUUUUUUGAUUCAAUGCAAAUGUUAUUUGCAAUUUGUACGGCAAUCAUUGCAGCCAUCGCAUUAGCAUUUCUAUUAUUGCCAAUGUGUCAAUAUAUAAUGAAACCUUGUACGGAAAAGAAAAAGAUCUCGUUAGGAAUGUGUGGCCGUUUUACACCGGCUGAACUAGUCUCAUUUUCAUUAUCAGUUACGAUUGUUUGUAUCUGGGUUUUAACUGGCCAUUGGUUACUUAUGGAUGCAAUGGGUAUGGGUCUUUGUGUUGCAUUCAUUGCAUUUGUUCGUUUACCUAGCCUAAAAGUGUCAACAUUAUUAUUGACCGGUUUGCUCAUCUACGAUGUAUUUUGGGUAUUUUUCUCAUCAUAUAUAUUCAGUUCAAAUGUUAUGGUUCGAGUUGCAACAAAAACAGCCGAAAAUCCUGUUAAUUUUGUUUCGAAACGGUUUCAUUUGAACAGCGGAAGAGAUGUACCAAAAUUAUCGUUACCUGGAAAGCUAAUAUUUCCAUCAUUACAGAAUAGUGGACAUUUUUCUAUGCUUGGUCUUGGUGAUAUUGUUAUGCCCGGUUUAUUACUUUGUUUUGUAUUACGUUAUGAUGCAUAUAAACGCACAUUAUUAAAUUCAGCUGAUGCCGGUGUACCACCGCCAAAACAUUUGAAUCGUUUUACAUAUUUUCAUUGUUCAUUGAUUGGCUAUUUUUUCGGUUUGUUAACGGCGACUGUAUCAUCAGAAGUUUUCAAGGCAGCUCAACCAGCUUUAUUAUAUCUUGUACCAUUCACACUAUUACCAUUACUAACAAUGGCCUAUCUAAAAGGAGAUUUACGACGAAUGUGGAGUGAACCAUUUAUUACGACAAGUUUGCCCAAAAAUCUUGAUGUAUAAUAUCUCAAUUUAAUUUAGAUUUAUGAAGAAACAAUUUUAUCCCGGUCAAUUUUGAAAAAAAAGAUAUUAGAAAUGAAUGAAAAU